CGGGCUAUAAAAGCUCGGACCGUGGCUCUUCUUGGGCUUAGAACAAAGACGACAGCGAUCGCGAGUGCAACAAGCGGAUACUCUGCCACCUGCCACCUGCCACCUGACUAUUUUUUUGACAUUUUUUUUAACGCUCCCCAAGGAUAAAGGGAUACGAGUACGAUACCUCCUCGCAGUGCAGUGCCUUUAAAGAACACACACAAUGUGGCUGUAUUUUGUGAUCACCGUCGCAGCCCUCUUGGGAAGACUCCAGCUCGCAGACGCCUUCUGGUGGCCCAAAACAACAACGGAGCCGCCGAACGGAGCGGGUCCCGUGCUGCAGCAGAUUCCGCUCACCUACUUCCGGACGUACACGUACCAGCCUCUGGGUUCCGGCGGAGCCUUCAGCAUGCCCUUCUUCGGAUUCGGAGCGGCCCAGACGCCCCUGCUGCCGGGCGCCCACCAGUAUGAUCCCUAUGCGGUGACCAGCUACGCGGCAGCCCGCCGGCACGACUCCUCCUCGGCGGCGGGGGCCAGGCCGGAUGUGACCCCGCCGGUUCUGGGCGUCAACGGCCCCAUUCCCUCCGCCAGCAGUGGUAGCACCAUCACCACCUCCACCAGCACCACCCCGGCACCCACCACCACAACUACUACAACCACUACGACUACUACGCCACCACCAACGACUACGACGAGUACCAGCACCACCACCACGACGCCGCCGCCGCCACCUCCGCCCCCGGGGCUGGAGGGGUCCUCGCCGGCUCCGGGAUCCGCCGGCACGUCCAGCCUGCUGCGCUACGGGGGGGAGUACCCAACCUACAGCCGCCGGGUGAGCAACCUGUACAACGCCAGGCCGCAGUACCCGUACCCGGACUACUUCAACUACCAGACGCCGGAGCAGGGCGUGGCCGGGAGCGCCAGUCGCAUCCAGUUCGUGCCCUGCAUGUGCCCCGUGAGUGUGCCGAGCAUGGUGGCCUCUGUUCCUCCGGCGGGCACAGCUCCUCCGGUGGCCGUCCCUUCCGCGGAGCCCCAGCCGGCGGCCCGGCACAUCGAGCGGCACGACCUGCAGGCAGUGCCGGAGGCUGAAACGGGAAACGACGUUGAAGAGGGCGAAGAGGAGGACGAGGGAGAGGCGGAGGGCCAGGAGGAGGAGGAGCAGGGCGAGGAGGAGGGUGUUGUGGUGGCCGCAAAGGCGCAGCCGGAGCAGCAGGACGGCAGCUCCGACAGUCCCGCCUAGGACUCUGCGCCCGGGCAGGACUCCUCUGUAGAAUUAAGCCAAGCCUCCGACUGAUCCGUCACUGUCUUGAUCGCCAGCCUGUUAGAUGCAGAAAUAAAAACGCAGCCAGACCUGAAAAGUAA